CUACCCCGUGUCCAACUGUAUUCAAGCAACGGCUGGGCUCUUCUGCUCGCAGAGAGAAGCUACGCUCAAGUCUGACACUGCUUGUGGUAUGGUACUGCUGGCAAGCGAUCGAAUUGCAGUUCGAAGCCUGGCUUCAGUGGAUCGUUCCUUUCUACGGAACCAUGAAGCUUUUCUUCCUGCUCUGGAUGCUCGCGGCGAGAGAUCAGGCGGCCUGCAGACUAUUUGCCAGUUUUCUACAUCCGCUCAUUCGACCGUACGAACCAGUCUUCGAUCUCGCAUUCGCAAGCUGUCGGGACGCAGGUUCAUUAAUUCGCUUCGUCUCAACCCUCAGCCUCUCCCGCGUCUUCGCCGCUCUCGAAAGUCUAUGGAGUGCAUUCUCGAAGCAUUCCAACAACCCCGUCGGCGUUAAGGUACAUCAGGCUGGCCCUGCCGCGAAAGUCAAAUCCAGGCUAAUACCUCCCCCAGCGAGUACUAGGCGGUCACCUGUAAGCUCUGGCCAGCGCGGCUCGACGAGCGGCCCCGGUGGCGGAGAGAGCGGCUUGGCUGCUUCGUCACGACCCAACCACGCAGAAAAGUCUCUGCGUCCUAGCUCGUCCCAAAGCCUUCGGGCGGUUCAGGCAGGAGGGUCAGUUGUACCGCAUCCCCGCUUGCUCUCCUCGGCGCACCUUGCCCAUAUGCCAUUGCAACAAGAUGAUCGAACGAAAUACGCUCAAUUGCAAGGGCUCCCUGCGCCGCCGAGCGUCAUCAAAGCUCCUGCUGCACAGGGGUCAUCACCUUCCCCUCUGGGGCUCAGAAAUUACGCCUUCAUACCGCCAGUCUCUAUUCCUCGACAUGAGGGCCCAAUAGCGAACGAUGUUAAACUCUCAACUGCAAAGUCAGUGCGCACAGCAACGAAGCCAAAUGCCGUACAGGUGCUCGCACAACAUUCUCUCGUUAGUCGCGGCGGCUCAGAAAUGGACUACGCCCAAGUUGACACCUCCACAAGCGUCGAUCCGCUCUCCAGCAUCUGGUCACCGCAUAUGCCUGGCUUUCUUAAAAAGACGCCUACUGCUCCUUCUGUCUUGAGGCAACAUAAUAGUGCCGAGCGAGUACAUCAGGAUGCGGAAGGUGACGAGGAAGACUUAGAAGGGAGGAAAUCUGUUGCGCCUGAGGCAGAGAUGUAUCUGGCAACUAUUCACAUGGACGACACCUUUGCACAUACCACAGUGCGCAAACGCUCACGCGUGUCAUCCCAGUACACAUCGAAAGUCAAGCGCGUCGCCAGCAGCAACAAGAAGCGUAAAGGCCAUCCUACCCCACCGGAAGACAAUGCAGCGCCUGCGGCCGUGGAUGUGCACGGUUACAUCACAGUGAGCGAAUCUGACGCCACGGCGAGCACGAGCGAAGAGACGAGCACGAGACAGCCUGCAAGGUCCAAAAAGGGGAGGAAGACGAACAGUGCUGCUGAUGCAGCUUCAAGCUCGAAGAAGAGAGGUGGCGCAACGGGCAAAUCCAGGGCCGAAGCCAAGUCCGUUGCUGGUGGUGACUUCAAUAGCAAAGAGGCAGAAGAAAGCACUCCUCGAGCAAAAUCAAACGGCAUUUUCCGCAGUACUGGCAGCAGUAGCAGACAGCGCACCACCAGCGUGACCCAGCCGCACGCCAGCGUUGGCAAGAAUGGCAGCACUGUGCGCAAAACCGGUAUUCGAGCACUGACGUUCGCACGAAACCGUAACCCCAGCAUGCCUGCUCUCGGCCAAGCGUGGGCGGCGCAAAGAGAAGAAGCCGCACAGCAGAAGGAUACUGACGUGGAAAUGACGAGCGCGGGUAAGAAGGAGUCGACGACACGUCGUCGCAAGCUGCCCAGCAGUUCUUCGCUCGCGCUGGCACCAGCUGCUGAAUCGCGCGCUGGUCAACAUGGUACCACCAGGACCUUACGUAGUUCGAAAUCGAUGGCGGGUCUUUGAGUCGCAUUUGCGACGCUGUCCAACCGAACUUGUUGCCUUCGUACUCAAAACCCCGGAAGGGGCAAGAUGUGUGCACGGGGAUAGACGCAAAACUACAUCACACUGCGUGCUUUACAACAGCGGCACCAUCUGCCCUUCCUGAGUUCCAAUUCGGCGGCGUAAGUGUCUCGGCGAAUCUCCCCUUGACCUCUUCCC